AUGGUACCACCCACUCAGAAAGCCAUCGUCGUCACCGGGGACGGCAUUGUUAAGGUCACUGCUGCCGCUCAGAACCCAACUGAUUGGAAGACUGCUGAGUAUGGCAAGAGAGUCGGAGCCAUCUCUGGUUGUGAUUUUGUUGGAAUCGUUGUAGAGAUAGGUCUUAAGGUCCCCGCUAACGUGCGAAGCAUCGGCGAACGCGUCGCUGGAUUCGUCCAUGGAGGCCUCUAUCCCAACGGCUCAUUCUCCGAAUACUUGUCAGUUCCCUCUGAAGUCGUCGUUCGGGUGCCGGAUGACUGGUCCGAUGAGGACGCUGCUCAGCUGGGAAUCGCACCAUUCACGGCAGCACAAACGCUUUGGUCGUCUCAAGAGAACUUCCCCACUCCGUUUGCGCCGGGCACUGACUCCACUCCACUCCUCGUCUCUUCCGGGGCGUCUUCCGUCGGACAAUAUGUCAUUCAAUUCGCCAAGCUUUCCGGAUUCAAAGUCAUCACGUUUGCAUCCCCGAAGAAUUUUGAGCUGGUGCGCUCUCUUGGCGCGGACGAGGUUUUCGACUACAAAGACCCAGAUGCAUCGAAAAAGGUGAAGGAAAUCACGAACGGCCAACUGAAGUUUGCCGUGGACACAAUCAGCGAAAAACAGACCCCGCAGCAGCUUGCCGAUGCACUCAGCGACGAGGGAGGUGUGGUAUCUGUGAUCCUGCCCUGCAAGACGGUGAGGGAUAACGUCAAGGUCGUGCACAGCCUUGCGUACGAUCUUUUAGGCAAGGACUUCAAUUUCCCUCAGGUAUUUAAAGCCAAUGAGGUCGAAACUGCUAGAGGGAAGGAGUAUGCAAGGCUGAUCACCAACCUUCUGGCCACCGGGAAGGUCAGACCAAAUGCGACGACGGUCCUGCCGAAAGGCCUUGCCAGUGUACCGGAAGGCAUGCAGUACAUGCGGGAUGGAAAAGUCAGUGGAGAAAAAAUCACUUAUAGAAUUUCCGAUACUCCCAACUAA